GAAGCGGCCCGGGGCCAGCCAACUCUCCGGAGGGGUCCGUGGUCCCGUGGCUGCUCACGGAGGCUCGUCGCGGAAGCCCCUCAGAACGCGCUGCGACUAGAUCACACUCUACAAGUCCUCAGCUGUCGUGUUCCCGACAGACUCUCUACAUGGACGGCUCUCUAGACGUCCCAAGAAUUCACCGGUAAUCCGGGUCCCACCUGUUUCGCGACCCCUUCAUGCAGCAAGGCCCCACCCCUUCGCGUCAUUUCCGCCGUCGACUCUCCGCCAGCAAGAUGUCGGAAGACUCCGAGACCGUGCUGCAGCUCCCCGCGGCUGCGGCCGCUGCCGGCGGCGAGAGCCUUGCGGAGCUCUCCCCGGAAACUGCCACCCCAGAGCCCCCGUCUUCGGCUGCGGUUUCGCCCGGGACGGAGGAACCUCCCGGAGACACCAAGAAAAAAAUUGACAUCUUGCUGAAGGCAGUAGGAGACACUCCUAUAAUGAAAACAAAGAAAUGGGCUGUGGAGCGAACCCGGACCAUCCAAGGACUCAUUGACUUCAUCAAAAAGUUCCUUAAACUGGUGGCCUCAGAACAGUUGUUUAUUUAUGUGAAUCAGUCCUUUGCCCCUUCCCCAGACCAAGAAGUUGGAACUCUAUAUGAGUGUUUUGGCAGUGAUGGUAAACUGGUCCUACAUUACUGCAAAUCACAGGCAUGGGGGUGAGCCACAAAUGAACAACUUGAUAUUUUCACAGAAGAAAAAACUUCAGAGAAGUUUCGAUGCUGUGGGGAGAGACUUACUGACUAUCAAAUAUUCAGCAUGAAUCUGUUAUGACUUGUAUUUGUAUGUAAGAAAACAUCAUAGAGUAAAUGGACUAACGAAUGAGAUAUGUGUCACCAUAAAAUCAUCAUGAAAGAUUGCCAUUAGUAUGCCAUUAUUCCCACACACUCCUGUUCCAGGGCUAGAAAGGAGACUGGACUUGUAUAUGGAUUGCAGGCCUCAGGAUGACUGAAGUUAUUUGCUCGUGGGAAUGGCACUGUGUUGACUCCAUGAUAAAAACUAAUUUACUGAAGGGUUUGAGUUUUGAGGUAAUUUAGUUUUUUAACUUAAUCAGGGGACCUCUGUUUGGGAUGUAGAAUGUUUACAUUUAUCUGUGUUGCUUUGUAAAGCAAAGUGUACUGAUCUAAGUUGUCCAGUAGAGGGCAGCCAGCUGGCGAAAGGCUUGACAGGUUUCAGGUCUUUGCCAGGUGAUUGGAGGAAAGACUGCUGAACCUAAUUUCUAGUUAAUGUGUAAUCCGGAAAGCAGCUGUGUUGACACACGGGAGGAUGUGCAUAGUUUAAAAGUCAUCAUGCAGGGACACGGUUUUACAAGUUGUGAGCAGAUGAGUCUCAACUCUCUUCAGUCCUGUCAUUUCUUGAGCCUCAUCCUGGGCAUUGUGAGCCAUUCCUGCAAUCUCAGGAAACCUGAGAAGGAGGGUUGGACCAGGAGUCCACAACUAGACUGGACUGCAAAAGAAUUUAUCCCCAAAAGAUUCUGGAGCCCCAUCCAGAGUGUUGCCACUGUCACUUCUGCGUCAGAGCAGCUGACUUGGGAAACCAAACAGCACCAAGUUCCGCAUUUCAUCCCAACCGUCACUCGUCGUCUCUGUGUGCUUUUAGUUUGUAUUUUUGCAGGCCCGGGGAUCAUUCCCCUUGCCGUGUGCACUCAAGGCACAGGCUCUGCUGAGCUGCAUCUCCAGCAUUCAUUCAGUGUUCAUAAUGUGUUUUCCAAACAAAGUACUCAGAGCUAAUGGUUGAAAAAUAAUGUCAAAUUUUAUGUGUAUCCCAUGCCAUCAAAAAAAGAGUGCAACUGUCACUGGGGAUGUUAGCCUGGCCAUUGCUUGAGCUAACAUUUGACCUUUUUCUCACAUAUUUUAUCUCAAACUUUUUUUUGAGACUGGGUCUCACUGUGUAAAUCUGCCUAGCCUGGAACUCAGAGAUCUGUAUGUCUGUCUGUGUCUCCUAAGUGCUGAGACUGAAGGGAUAGACCACCUCACUCAGCUCCAUGGGAGUCUUAAAGACCUCCAACCAGAAGCACACGUGCCAGCACACCUAGCAUUGAGGAAGUGGAGGCAAGAAAGUUGAAAGUUUAAGACUGUGUGGGCUACAAAGAUUGUCUCAAAAAAAAAAAAAAAUGAAAUGAACUCCUGGAAAAAAAUUCCAAUAAGUGGCAUGUCUAAAGAGGAUAACAGGGUUUUGAAGUAUGUAAGGAUUCCAAGUGUUUACUUUCAAAGGUGAGGAUAGAAAAUGUAUUUUUUUUAUCAAAAGAAAAAGCUUGAAGGCCUGAAAUGCUUUGCUGUUGUUCUGCUUUUGAGAUUGGCUGUGUCACUCAGGCUCCUGGGCGCCAGGGUUACCGUUGUAUACCAUUGCACCUGGCUCCUCCUUAACCCUUAAGCCUGGAGUGCUCUAGAGUAGUCCUCAGCCAUGUGAGCCAUGGAAGGUGCUGUGAAACAACACGGUCCAGUGCUGGCCACUCCUUGUCUUCUGCCCAAGAAUGUGAAUUUUGGACAUCCCCUUCCCAGCACCCCUUGCAGUGAACUAAUGCAGGUAAUAGUUCACAGAGUACUCUGGACAGUGAGUUAUGCACAGUGCAGGCUUAGGAAAACACCUUACACCUUGAAAGCUGGGGCGUAUUGAUUUAUGGACAAUGUCAGUUGGAAAGAGAAAAGAUCUGUUCUAGCUCUUCCUGGUUAAGAGGUGACUGAAAGAUCAUAGUAGUAGGUAUUUAACAGAAGUGUGUUGAAUUUACUGUUGGCUGGUAUUCAUUUGAGAUGACAGAAUGCUUGUUACCUCUAUGAAAUCAAAAAUAAACUUGAAUUUGAAUUUGUAA